AUGCCCGCCAAAACUGUUGCGACCUCGAAAGCGGCCUCGAAGGACAGCGUGAUAGAACUCUUGCCGGGCCAAAAUGAUCUAGUCUUUGGUGUCGCUCGCAUCUUCGCCUCUUACAACGAUACCUUCGUCCAUAUUACUGAUCUCACGGGCCGCGAGACCAUUGCCCGAGUCACUGGAGGUAUGAAGGUCAAGGCUGAUCGGGACGAAUCGUCUCCCUACGCUGCCAUGCUGGCUGCCCAAGAUGCCGCCGCCCGGUGCAGGGAGCACGGCAUUAACGCACUUCACAUAAAAAUACGCGGUACUGGUGGUGAGUUUCAUGCGAAUAACCCCAUCUGGUUUCUCUCUCUAGCCAUCAAGUUGACAGUGUAUGUGGUAGGCACUGGAAGCAAGUCGCCGGGCCCCGGCGGCCAGGCCGCCCUUCGUGCCCUGGCUCGCGCGGGCAUCAAGAUUGGACGCAUAGAAGAUGUGACGCCGACCCCAUCUGACUCUACCCGCAGGAAGGGCGGUCGUCGGGGUCGCCGGCGCUAG